UUGCUGUUCGGUAUUUUUAGUUUUGCCGUUUUGGGCAUACUAAGUUAUUGUCAAUAAUAGCGCGUAGAUUUUGUGGCUGUGUGUGUGUGUAUGUCCAAAAGAGACCGCGAAAUAACUAAAGAAUUUAUGUAAAUAUGAGCAGCCGCAAACAUAGGACAGACGAAAAUAUUGAAAACUUGUGUCCAACUACCAGAAAACGCUGUAGUAGUAGAAACAGCGCCGUCAUUGGCACUGUUGGAACCUCCGCUUCAAAGACGUCACGGUACGAGCACCCCUCCUCGCCCUCAGCGCUUACAUUCGAGGCGCUCGAAGAGCUGGGCAUCGGCAUGUUGGACUCUGAGGAAAGCAGCUCAUCGGCUUUGUCGGCCAUUGCCUUGGCGGUCAGUGCCACCAGCGACGAGAAUUCUAAUGAGUUGACCCCUCACGUCAACGCCACACGAAUGUCGCAUCAGCAACAACGCCUCAGUCUCAAUACAACAGCAGACACAACGUUGGACAGUAGUGUAAACACCAAUAACAACACCGUCGUCGAAGUAUUCAGCGAGGAUGCGCAGCAGCGCCUUCUGCGGCAAUCGGCUGAGAAGCUACACGCUCUUUCACAGGCCAAACGUGUUGCCCUGGGCUCCGAGUGCAGCAGCAAUUCCAAUUCGCCAACAAAGCGCACCCGCAAUCCACUGGCAACCGUCACGUGCAAUAACCAGAGCGAGCCGGUGGCAACAGCUUUUGCGCCCUCUCCAUCAAUACAGCAUCAACAACAACAGCAGCCGCCAUUAAGUUUGCAGCCCUCCACCUCCAAACAGGCUCUUCAGCGUCAGCAGAGUCGCCAGCAAACACAGAAGCCGCAAUCGCAGCCGCAGACCUCGCGUAUGGAACCAUCGGACAAUUUCUUUAUCUAUCGCACAACCGCCAUGAGCGCGCACCUUAACAGCGGCGUCAACUAUUUCGACAAGCUCUCGGACGAGAUAGUACUGAACAUUUUCAAAUGGCUGCCCAAGAAAACGCUGCUACGCCUUGCGACUGUCUGUAGACGAUUCUACUGCUUGGCUCGCGACGAAACACUCUGGACUCGUAUGGAUUUGGGCUUGCGCACAUUAUGUCCACAUGCUCUCGAGCAGGUUGUGCGCCGCGGUGUUGUCGUUCUGCGACUAGCUCAAGCGGAUAUUCAGGAGCCUGCCUUCACCUGCCCUCCCUCGCCUCCCUCGUUCAACACUCGCUUACAGUAUUUGGAUUUGAGCUUGGCUUCCAUUUCUCUCAACUCAUUACACAUAUUACUCGCGCACUGUCGUCAACUUAAGAAGCUCAGCUUGGAACACGCUGAGCUCAACGAUGAAAUUUGCUUUGAGAUUGCCCAGAACAAAUCGCUUGAAGCGCUUAAUUUGUCCAUGUCCACUGGCCUUAAUGCCAAGAGUGUGGGGAUGCUUAUGGAGUCCCUUACCAACUUAAGCAGUUUGAAUAUAUCGUGGACGAAUUUAAGUGCCGAUGCGAUCACUGCCUUGGUCGUGCAUAUAACGCCCAAUGUGAUACGCCUUAAUGUGGCUGGAUGUCGGCGUGUCCUCUUCGAUAAUCAUGUCGUGAUAUUGCAAAAGCGUUGCCCUCAACUGCUGGAAUUGGAUCUAUCCGAUUGCAAUAGUCUGACUCCUUGUGCGCUAAAAGCCAUCAUGAAAUUCAAAAUGCUCGAGUAUUUAUCCGUUUCACGGUGUUACCUCAUACCGGUUAACAACUUCAUCGAACUAAAUGCAAUGCCAUCUCUCACGUAUCUGGAUAUAUUUGGUGUGCUUACCGAAUCGGCCAUGGAGGUGCUGGAGAAGCAAAUGCCCAAAAUGGGGAUCAAUAAGUUCAUACACAGCUCAGUGGCUCGCCCAACAGUAGGCACACGUCGCACCUCUAUUUGGGGCCUACGCACCCGGGACUAAUCAGCCACAUGAUUUUAAUUUAUCUACAAAGGACUCAACGAUUCAAUUUUUUACACAUAUGCUUUCAUUAUUCAUUUUGUUGCGUUUUUUUUCGCUUAGCGCAAUUUCGUAAUUUUACUUUUAAUAUUAUGACAAUAAUAAUAUGUCACUA